AUGGCGUCAGCCGGCGCCGAAGCUCACCAGGGAGACCCAGGCAGCGGAACCGGAAAUACUUUCUUGGAAAACCCGGAAAGAAACUACAUCUCCCAGCAUGCCCGUUCUGACCCGAAGUCCCCGUGGCGUCUUGAAAAAGGCACUCCCGCGCCCGAGAUGGCGCCCACGCUCUCGACGACCGCUGCCCAGUUUGAGGAUCUGGCUGUGUAUUUUUCUCAAGAGGAAAGUGUGAGUCUGCACCCUGCCCAGAGGUCCCUCAGCAGAGACACCACCCAGGAGUGUUUUGAGGAUAUGGCCUUGAUGGGUAAGGUAAUUGUUUUUCCUGCAUUUUGGAACUUUGACACACUCAAAGAGCAAAUCCUGGAGCUGCUGGUUUUGGAGCAGUUUCUCACAAUCUUGCCCAAGGAGAUCCAGACCUGGGUGAAGCAGCAUCCAGAAAAUGAUGAGGAAGCCGUGGCUCUGACUGAGGAUGUACAGAGUACCUGGGCAACAGGUGUGAUAUCUAGAUUUUUGUCAACAGAAUAUAAAAGAAUGAAAGUGAUGUUGGCCUGGGGAAUGAAUACUAUUCUCUGUGAAUGUAUGAAAAGCUUUAGCCAAGGUUCUUAUCUUGCUCAGCAUGAGAGAAUCCACACAGGAGAGAAGCCUCACAAGUGCAGUGAAUGUGGGAAGGGCUUCAGUGAGCACUCUAACCUCACUGCCCACCUGACGACUCACACAGGGGAGAGACCAUACCAUUGUGGGAGAUGUGGGAAAACCUUCAACCAGAGCUCCAGCCUCACUCUUCACCAGAGGACCCACACUGGGAACAAGCCUUAUCAGUACAGUGUCUAUGGGAAGAGAUUCAACAACAGUUCCCAGUUUAGUGCUCUCCAGUGAGUCCACACAGUAGAGAGCCCAUACU